AUUAAACAACAAACUAAAUAUAUAAUUCUACAUUAUAUUAUUGUUUUGAUAUGUUCAUCAAAUGUUUUAUUUAUAUAUUACUUUAUACUUAAAAAAGAACAAAACAAACCAAAAAAACCAAGGUGUUAGGUUGGAACAAAUCUGGUUUUUUCUUUGCUCUGAGACUUGAAUUGGUAGUUUCAGCUAUCAGUUGUUUGAGCUAGACAAAACCAUGAAUAUGGAUAUGGAAGAAGAGCAGAGGGCAAGCCUUUUACCAUCAAUCACUGAAGUGAAUACAACCCAUUUGAGAAAAGACCUGAACAAGGAUGAUGAUAUUGUUGCUGAGGUGAAGCAGCAGCUUAAAUUAGCAGGUCCCUUGAUAUGUGUUAAUCUCUUAACAUACAGUUUGCAGGUGAUUUCAGUCAUGUUUGUGGGUCAUCUUGGAGAAUUACCACUAGCUGGAGCUUCCAUGGCCACUUCUUUUGCUUCAGUAACUGGUUUCAGCUUGCUGAUUGGAAUGGCAAAUGCCUUAGAUACAUUCUGUGGGCAAUCCUAUGGAGCAAAACAAUAUCACCUGCUUGGUAUACACAUGCAGAGAGGAAUGAUUGUUCUUCUAGCUGUAAGCAUUCCUUUGGCUAUUAUAUGGUUCAAUGCAGGCCAAAUCCUUUUGUUCUUGGGUCAAGAUCCUGAGAUAUCUGCAGAGGCUGGUCGAUAUGCUCGGUUCAUGAUACCGAGCAUUUUCGCUUAUGCUGUUACUCAAUGCCACAACAAGUUCUUGCUAACACAGAACAAUGUUGUUCCAAUGAUGAUCACUACAGGAAUAACAACAUUACUACACUUGUUCAUAUGUUGGUUUAUGGUGUUUAAAUCAGGUCUUGGAAAUAGAGGUGCAGCCAUGGCAAAUGCAAUCUCUUAUUGGAUUAAUGCAUUGUCAUUAGUACUAUAUGUCAGAAUCUCUCCUUUAUGUAAACACACAUGGAAUGGUUUCUCUAUGGAGGCUUUUCAUGAAAUUCCAAAGUUUCUAAGACUUUCCAUUCCUUCAGCAGUAAUGUCAACGUUAAAGAUCUGGUCUUUCGAAAUGAUGGUUCUGUUAUCUGGCCUUCUUCCUAAUCCAAAACUCGAAACAUCAGUCUUGUCAAUCAGCCUUAACACAGCUACAUUGGUGUAUAUGUUACCUCUUGGGCUUGGUGGGGUGAUAAGCACAAGAGUUUCAAAUGAAUUGGGUGCAGGGAGGCCUCGAAUAGCUCGCUUAGCAUUAUGUGUCGCGCUAUGCAUGGUUGCUACAGAAGGCACCUCGGUGGGUGCUGUCUUGAUCUUAGGCCGUCGAAUUUGGGGGUAUUGUUACAGCAGAGAAGAAGAAGUUGUGAAAUAUGUUGGAAAAAUGCUGAUUUUGAUCUCAAUUUCCCAUUUCUUUGACGGGAUUCAAUGCGUUCUCUCGGGUAGUGUUAGAGGCUUAGGGAUGCAAAAGAUUGGUGCUUAUGUUAAUUUGGCAGCUUAUUAUGUUAUGGGCAUACCUAUAGCCAUAGUUCUAGCCUUUGUUUUCCACAUUGGUGGGAAGGGGCUUUGGAUAGGAAUCAUAGUGGCCUUAAUCAUGCAAGCAUUGUGUCUUGCUAUUAUAACAAUAUGCACUGAUUGGGAAAAAGAGGUGAAUAAUGCUUCAGAUAGAGUACAUGGCACAAAAGUUGCAAUUAGUGAUGAAUUAUCAUGAUGCUAAUUUGAUUCUAGGAAGUCUAAUAUUAUGAUCAUAUUAUAUUCUUCUAUGAAGGGUCAAAGUCAAACAGUGGCAACAAUCCACAGAAAAUAGUUGUUGAGUGAAAAUUCAUGGUGGUAAUGAACUGAAAUGAAAACCCAAUGUAUAAAAUUGCUUUAAUAUUUGAAUCUAAAUACAAGUUAUGAUUUUACUAGAAUAAAAA